AGUGAGUAGAAAUAACGCACCGCUUAAAAAUUGAAAAUGGCCGAAACAGAAAGUAAACAAGACAAUGACAUGAAUACCAGUUUGUUUGUUAAAGUGCUACCAAAACAAUGGCCAAUUGUUUAUUGUCCAGAAUAUAACAUUGGCUUCCUAGGGCUGGAAAGACUUCAUCCUUUUGAUGCUGGAAAGUGGGGAAAAGUGUAUGGAUUCCUAAAAGCCGAUGGCAUGGUCAGGGAUGAUACUAUUGUAAGACCAGAGGAAGCCACGGAAAAUGAUCUCCGCAAAGUUCACACAGAAGCCUAUAUCAAGAGUUUAAAGUGGAGUAUGACUGUAGCGGGGAUCACUGAAGUUCCACCAGUAGCCUUAUUACCCAAUUUUAUAGUACAGCGAAAAGUUUUACGUCCAUUUAGGUACCAGACAGGUGGAACUAUAUUG